AUGUAUGCGAGGUUCAGCACCCUCGCCUUGAUUCGUUUGGCUUCUCAACCUGACUCGAUUAUAGCGGCAAGCUCCGCUUGCGAGCGGCAAGCUCUGCAUGCAUCGUUCAAGACCCUCACCUUGAGUCGUCUGGCUUCUGAGCCUGACUCGAUUAUAGCGGCAAGCUCCACAUGCAAGGUUCAACACCCUCGCCUUGAGUCGUCUGGCUUCUCAGCCCAGCUCCAUUGUAGCGUCAAGCUCCGCAUGCGAGUGUUUCCUCUCUCACAGUCAUCAUGGUUCCCUUGUGCUCGGACGAUCGAUGAACCAUUCUCUACAUUGCAUCCUGUUAUAGUGAAGUUACUCUCCAGCAAAAAGGUUAUCCCGGCAGCGGCCCUCCUACCUACUAUCUUCCAGCAUCUUUGUUUCCUGGCUCUCGGAAAUGGUCUGGCUACACAACCCCUACCUGUUGCCUUGCCACGUAUCCAUCAGCACCUCUGUUGCCUGGCUCUCGACAAUAGUCUCACCGCGUGA